AUGCCGGUCACUAAUGAAGGGUGGCCAGAGGCAUUUGGCUUUGGACUCGGCGGUUCUGGUCCCUGUUACAUCUUAUGGGUGGAGGAUGGAAGCAGCGCCUAUGCUGCUGGACUGAAGCCUGGAGACCAGAUUUUGGAAGUAGAAGGAAGGCCGGUGUCAUCCCUGACCUGUGAAGCUCUGACCGGACUGGGUCAGGAGUGUCUUAAUGUGCCGCCAAGUAUUGGAGUCAUAUCAAGAGUCCAGUAUGUGGAAGUGUCCAGAGGAGCACAGGAGGAGCUUGGCCUCACACUCAGUGAUGGUAGACCUCUGCUGGUGGCCAGCGUGGCCCCUGGAUCACCUGCCUCCUACGCCGGGGUUAGAACCGGAGAUUUACUCCUUGAAAUUAAUGAGGUCCAAGUGACAGAUCUAACGGAGGCGUCCCGGAUGAUCUCCUCCAGUGGGGGGGAUGUAAUACAGCUUGGCAUCCUGUGUAUCAGUCGGAGGCAGAGGCACAGCAGGGUGUACAGUGCAAGCGGAAGCAGAUCGGAGACUACAAGCCAAGCCCAGAGGCUCAAAGCUCAGGAAUUUAACCAAAAGCUCGAUGAGGUCCUGGGCGAGCGGCCGGCCCUGAAGGAGCAGGUCUUUGCCCUGUUGAAGCAGUAUGCGCAGGAGAGGAAAGUGGAGCGUUUGGCCUAUAUGCUGCCCCUGAUACUCACAGAAGAGUCCCAGCACCGUCUGAUUGACAACAUCAGAAUAUUCAUCCCCAGGAAGCAUCGGCAACGCUUUGACCAUGUGGUGUCCCAGAGUCUCAUCAGCAAGAUCUGCCGGUCCAGAAGUGAGCGCAGUAAUCGUCUGAGGAGGAGUCGUAGUGAAGAUCACCAUGAAAGGUUGCUGGUGUCUACAAGGGCAGCUCCUAUGCCCCACUGCCAGGACGAUGUGGGCAGGGGAUUGAAGAAGAGCAGUUCUCUUGUUGCUGGCAAUGUGGGCACUGGAAAGCCACACAGGACGGUACGGGUGUGUAAGGGAAGUAGCAGCUUUGGGUUCACAUUACGGGGUAAUGCUCCAGUAUGGAUUGAGUCCAUUCUCUCAGGCAGCCCUGCAGAGGUGGCAGGACUCCAGCCUGGAGACAGAAUAUUAUUCUUGAACGGCUUGGACAUGAGGAACUGCUGCCAUGAGAAGGUGGUCUGCAUGCUGCAAGGCAGUGGCGCCAUGCCCACCUUAGUAGUGGAAGAGGGCAGCGUGACGUACUGCACAGAUUCAGACUCUGAUACUACUCUCCCAUCAUCCGCUCUCACUUCCCUUCAGUGGGUAGCAGAAAUUCUUCCCUCAAACAUUCGUAUACAAGGAAGGAGUUUUAGCCAACAACUGGAACAUCUACUCACCCCUACAGAGCGAUACACAGUGUGUAAAGCGCUAGAGAGCUUUUUUCAGCACAGGAACAUUGACACUCUCAUCGUGGAUAUAUAUCCGGUCCUCGACACUCCGGCCAAACAGAUCAUCUGGCAAUUCAUCUUCCAGCUGAUGACAUAUGAGGAGCAGGAGCACUGCCAGCACAAGAUCGCCCGUUUCCUGGGGUUCAAGGCAGCUGGCAUGGACGCCGAUAUUGGGGUCCCGCAUCGAGGGUCUCUCCAUGGACAGGCAAUGUACCAGGGGAGCAUACGGGCACCACCCGCGGAGGAAGGGAAGAUGGGUGACUAUAAUUCACUUGCCCAGUGUGACCCAAUGGAAGUUACUCCCCGUCUGACGUCAGGAGAGAGACAAGCGGGAGACGGGACGUCGUUACCCGAAACGCCGAACCCCAAAAUGAUGUCGGCCGUUUAUGCGGAAUUAGAGAACCGCUUCAUUAAUAAUAUGCCGGGUAAACUGAGCAGCUUGAGAUCCCGCGGGUCGUGUAACCUCUACCACACCACAGGAGAGCGCAAGCUGGUGCAAGGUGGUCACUGGCAAAAUUCUGCGCCCCCUUCUGACCCGUGCCCUCCACGCCCACCCAGUGCCCCGUCGCCCAGCAGCUCCGAGUCAAAUCCUUAUGUCAGCCUGGAUGGAAGUUUACCACCGUCGCCAACUCACAGAAAGAUCUUCACCUUCUCUCGACCAAGCCGCUCCCGAGACACUGACCGAUUCUUGGAUGUGCUGAGCCGGCAGCUGGGACAGAACUUGGCCAUCACCGAUCAGUUUCUUACUCCUGAGAAUGACUACGAAGAGACUUUUUUGCAGAUGAGCUUUCAAGAUGACCACCUGAGCUGUGCCCCACGCGCAGUGAGCACGACCAGCGAGUCAGCGGGCAGCAGUGAAGAUGGCAGCUCGCUCACCUAUUCCUCAGUAUCCGACCACAUCCCCCCACCCCCACACAGCCCCCCUCCUCCACCGCCUCCGCAGAAUCCAAGAGGGGAGCAAGCCCGCAAAAAGGAAAUAUCCAAAACAGCGCCCCCUUCCUUUCCUCGAGGUGUGGGGGGUUGUAUUCAACCACCUUUACCUCCAGCUCCCCCUCCUCUCCCCAUACCCCCUGUUCCUCCGGCACCACCUCUAGAGCCCCUGGCACAUCGUGGCAUGCACCGGCGCAGCGAGUCCAGCCACAUGAGCGUGAAGAGACUACGGUGGGAACAGGUGGAAAACUCCGAAGGGACGAUAUGGGGGCAGUUAGGGGAAGAUUCAGACUAUGAAAAACUUAGCGACAUGGUGAAGUACCUGGACCUGGAGCUGCACUUCGGUACCCAGAAAUCAGCACUCCUCCCAGUGAUGCCAGAAUCCAUGAAAAACAAAGGUGCUGUUCAAAUUUUGUCUCACAAAAAGGCCUACAACACAGCUAUCCUGAUUGCACACUUAAAGCUCACGCACCAGGAGCUGCGACACAUACUGAUGACAAUGGAGAACGAGAGGCUGGAGCCCUCACACAUUAAGCAGCUGUUGCUCUAUGCACCAGGUGAAGAGGAGAGGAAGCAUUUCCAGUCCUAUUCUGGGAGUCCCAGCAAGCUGAGCGAGCCUGACCAGUUUGCAUUGCAGAUGAUGCAAGUUCCAGACUAUAAGUUGCGGCUGAGAAGUCUCCUCUUUAAGAGCACCCUGCAGGAGAAGACGGAGGAGAUCCGGGCCAGUUGUGACUGCGUCCUUAAGGCCUCUGCGGAACUGAAAGGCAGCAAAAAGCUGGCAAAGAUCCUGGAGUUCGUUCUGGCAAUGGGGAACUAUCUGAACGACGGACAACCCAAAACCAACAGGACCACUGGAUUCAAGAUUAACUUUCUAACAGAGCUCAACACCACAAAGACAGUAGACGGGAAGUUCACCUUUUUGCACAUACUCGCCAAAUCCCUCAGCCAGCAUUUCCCUGAGGUGCUAAGCUUUGCCAAGGAUCUCCCCACUGUGCCUCUCGCUGCCAAAGUAAACCAGAGGUCACUUACUGCUGAUCUGAGUGACCUGCACGUGACUAUCCAGGAGAUCAAAAACGCCUGCAGCCGGAUGAACGGCUCCCCCGAGGACAAGUUCCCCCUCACCAUGAGUACAUUCCUCGAGAACACGUUCCCUUGUAUGCAGAGUCUGGACACGCUGCAGCAUCGGGCCAUGGAGGAUUUCUUUAAAGUCUGCUCCUACUUCGGAGAGGAUCCCAAGGGCUCUACCACCGAGGCUUUUUUCGGGAUAUUUGCUGAUUUUAUCAGCAAGUUUGAGAAAGCCUUCAGUGACCUUCAGUCGGGGGACGCACAGCUUCCCCCUGGGAGCAUGCCCAUCUGGUAAGAACGGCGCCAGGCAAGACAGUGACCGUUUAUGCCCUGGGUCCUCAGGGGCCCUCGUCUUGGACAACCCGUCUGCAGAAGAGGAAGCAGAGAAGCACCGGACGUGAGCGGCUGCAAAACGCCCGUCCUGGUGGCGGUCCGGCUCGAGGACAGAACCACAAGCUCUGCAGAAACCUAGCGCAUGCCAGGGACGUAGAAUGUGAAGCGAGUCACCAGGAGGAAUCCAAUGCCAUCUGCUCUGUCACCCCCUUUAUGUUACCGCAAGACCCCCUUUUUUGGAGUUUAAAGAACUGUCGCCCCAUAAGCUGCACCGACACCCGCCUCCACCUCUUACCCAAUCGUUUCUCUUUGUUUACGCACAUUCAGCACUGCUAAUCCACAGGUUCUAGAUCAGCUAGCACCCAUCACCCCACAUGAACCCCCCCCCCCCCCAAUAUAUAUAGAUAUAGAUGUCAUCAAUAUAUUGUGUAAUUUUACACAGGA